AUGGAUAGAAGAGUCUCCUCCACCAUCAAUAUUGCUAAUGAUGAAGCAGAAUCUUUCUUUGAUGAGAGUGAUGUCUCUGCUGUCCUUGGCUACAUAAAGCAAAUGCUGAUGGAAGAGGACACAGAAGAAAAGUACAGUAUGUUCCAUGAUUCCUUAGCUCUCCAACAUACUGAGAGAUCAUUUUAUCAGGUUAUCACUCACCAGAAAUCUUCUUCCCCUUCUUCCACACACCAUCAUCAUGUUCAGAGUAACCCCAGUUACAGAGUGGAGAGCCCUGAGCAAAAUGUCUCUGGUUGCUCCAGUGAUAAUAGUACUGAAGGUACCAGCUUCCUUCCUAAACAUACUCCGUUCAGUGUUGACACGGACAGCACAGCCUUUUCUGCGGUUCCAACUGUGGUAAUUAAGACAGAAACAGAAGAAAGUGUUGAAGAGGAGCAUUUUCUGUCUGUGUCAAGAAGGAGAAAUCGGGAUCGGGAAGAGUAUGAAGCAGAUGGGAGAAUCAGGAAGACAUCGGCAACGUACGUGGAUGAAAGUGAGCUAUCUGAAUUGCUUGAUAAAGUGGUGCUAGGCACUGGUUUAGGAAAACGGGUGCCUUCUGACACAGCCCUUUACCAAAAGGAUGAAACAUUCUUAGCAAACAUGUUUGGUGGGAAGGUCAGGAAAAGUAACGAGGAAGUUGUAGAUCUGAGAGCACUAUUGAUGCUUUGUGCACAGGCUGUUGCUUCUGAUAGUCCUUCAUUUGCAAAGCAACUAUUAAAGCAGAUUAAGCAGCAUUCUUCUCCAAUAGGGGAUGAUACUCAGAGGCUUGCACAUUACUUUGGAAACGCCCUUGGAGCAUGCUUGGAUGGAACCGGUUUCCAGGUUUAUAGUGUUCUAUCCUCCAAAAGAAUCUCUGCCAAAGACAUGGUAAAAGCUUACUGUGCAUAUGCUUCAGUGUGCCCGUUUGAAAAGAUUACAAUAAUUUUUGCCAACAAAUCAAUUUGUUUUCAAUCUGAGAAUGCAGAAACUGUUCAUAUCAUAGACUUUGGUAUCCGCUAUGGCUUCAAGUGGCCUUCACUUAUCAGCAUCCUAUCAAAACGUCCCGGUGGACCACCCAAGCUUCGCAUCACGGGUAUAGAUCAGCCACAGCCAGGUUUCAGGCCAGAGGAAAGGGUGCUGGAGACGGGGCGUAGGCUUGAACAUUAUUGCAAGCGUUUCAAUGUUCCGUUCGAGUUCAAUGCUAUUGCAAGAAAAUGGGACACCAUCAGAUUUGAGGACCUCAAGAUAGAGAAAAACGAAUUUGUGGCUGUGAACUGCAUGUUUGAGUUGGAGCAUCUACUUGACGAGUCUGUGGUGUUGGAUAAUCCAAGGGAUGCUGUUUUGAGGUUGAUUAAGAAGGCAAAUCCUGGCAUAUUUGUGCACAGCAUUGUCAACGGCUCCCAUGAUGUGCCAUUCUUUGUGUCACGGUUCCGAGAGGCUCUCUUCCACUACUCUGCACUGUUUAACAUGCUUGAAACCAACAUUGAUCGUGAAGAUCCUACGAGGUUGAUGUUUGAGAAGGAUUUGUUUGGACGAGAGAUCAUGAACAUCGUAGCUUGUGAAGGUUGUGAGAGGGUUGAGAGGCCACAAACAUACAAGCAAUGGCAGCUUCAAAACAUGAGAAUUGGGUUUCGGUUACUUCCUUUGGAUCAACGAGUCAUUGACAGAUUAAAGAAGAGGUUGAGACAGGAUGCGCACGACACCAAUUUCAUGCUUGAGGUGGAUGGUGGUUGGGUGCUACAAGGUUGGAAGGGUCGAAUUCUACAUGCUUCCUCUUGUUGGGUUCCGGCAUAGUGUAUUUCCAGUCUUACACAUAAUUGCUAUACUUUCCUUCAACGAGCAAAAGCAAAAUUAUAAGUCAGUUUCUACCAACAUGUACUUUGUUUUCUACUUACAUAUCUAACAAUCAUAUGUUCCAGAAGCAAUGUCCCCAACUGUGUACCUUCUCAACAUGUAUAUGUCCCCAAAAAACAAUACAUGCUAAUAAACUUUUCAAGAUUACUUUA